CCUUUGUGUGCGUGCACGCACGUCGAAAAUCUCGGGAGAGACGAUCUUCAGGAGCAACAGUAUACCCAAGAUCCUUUUGGAUUCUGGAGACUCUUCCCGAAAAUGCAUCACCUCUUGUUGCGCCACUUGCUGGCAUAUUUGCGGGCAAAAUUGGUGGCGUGGGAAAGCUGCCUCUCUCUCUCUUGGCUCUUUGUCCCUGCCUUGUUUGCGACUGUGCAUACGGACAGCGAUAAAUGGCAGCCUGGGUCGCAAGACAACCUGUGCCCGUGUGGCUGGGGGAGCGCGCACCGAAAACUAUCUCGUCUAGACUAUGGUCAGGGUGCUGGAUUUCCGGAUGGCUUGUCUCCACCAUGUGGGAGUCGCACGUCUUUUUUACCACUCUGAUCUACCUGAUGCAAGAUGCGGUAUCCCCGGAGGCGCAGCGUAUCUUGAACUUGAACAUCAAGAGAGGAGUGAAGUCGGUGUACGAGUUCUUGAGGGAAAGGGGAGGCCUGGCGAUUCUUAGCGAUCCGAACGUGGAGAUUGCGACAAGGGAGGUCUUGGCGAACGGCAGGCCACGACCGCAGAUCACCAAGGACAUCAGGAGGAAGGAGGCAGCGGUGGCGCAGAUCAAGCGAAAGUAUGCCACCCACAACCUUUCACAGGAUGACAUCCACACCUGCCUCUACAGCAUGUGCGACAAUGACUCCUUUCUGAACUCGAACCGCGUGCCCAUCGACAAGAUGAUCGCGUUUUUGGAGCAGUACUUCUCGCCGGACACUCCGGGAGACGACGCUUACUCCCUGGCCAUCUCAGCCGGAGAGGGCGGGGCGCGCUUGACGCACUCCCACGCACGACAGUACAACUUUGCGCAUCAGGCAAGGCUGGGGGAGGAAGACUUGCUCUCCGAAAGCUUUGCUUACAAGCUAGUGGACACGGGGCAAGGGAAACAACGGGUGCAGAACAGCCCCCAGACCUUCAAAGCCAUGCAGGAGAUCCUCUUCCACGCCCAGCAUGGGGUACAGAGCUGGGUGGGCAGCAGCGUCAUCCACCUGGGCGACCACAACGUACCGAACGCCCUGAUGUUUAUCGACAAGUAUACCCAGGUUUCGCGCAUCCUGGGCCCCAUCGUGUCGUGCCUGGAGCAGCUUGUCGUGCUGUACGACAAGGAUGAACACAUCCAAAACCUGAUCGACACCGGCUAUGGCGGGCUUGAGACGCUGAGGAAGGACAUUCUGUUUGACUUUUUUCGAUCAGCUUUCGACGGCAGCGGUGCCGACAACUUCUUCGACGCUGGCAGGUACUUCCUCUGUAUCAUAAGUUAG